UGAGAAAUGGGUCCAAGUGGCUCUUUGAAUGUUUAAAGUUGCCAACCACUGGACUAGAAGAACUCCAAGCUCCCUUCCAAUUCUGUUAUUCUGUUAAAUAUCUGAACAUAGGAUAUGCAUGUUGGAUUCAGUGUUAGAAUGGUAGGUUCUAUUGGAAUUUGAAACAACUUCUGAACAAUAAGAAUUAUACAUAUCCAGACAAAUACCCAGGGGGAGAUCAGGCUUUCUUUCACUGGAUAUGUUGAAGCAGAACAUAUCUACUUUUAAGAUUUUAAGUUUAAGAUAAUGGAAUGCCUGCAAGAAUAGUUCUGUUUUAACUUCCCUAAAGUUUUCUUUGUAAGGAAAUUACAGGUAAUUAAAUGCAGCUAUCAGGGAAUCAGAUAGUUAUCAGUUAUCAGAUUCCACUAGUAUGGAAUCUGAAGCUGGUCUUUUCUGAGUACUCGAUGAUAUCAUAGAGAUAUGUGCAUUUGGUUUUUAGCUCUAAAACUCUUUACACCAUCCAUCUUGUUGGAGAAGAUUUUGACUUUAACCCUAAAAACUAUCCAAGGUAAAGGACCUUAGCAGCUAGGCUUGGAUUUAUGCAGAAGUACCAGGUAAGAGAAAAUGGCCCAGCUACUAGAAGUUAAAUAUUAAUUACCAUGACUUACAGACAUACAAGCGUUACUUUAGUCUGCUUCAUUGUCUUCAUUAUAAACACAAUUUCAGAGAAAGAUUGUAUCUUUUCUGCAAUAGAUCAUAACAGAAGAAAAAUCAAGAGAGACACUUUCACUCAAGCAUUUCUCAAAAUGCAUAUGAAAUCCAUGAAAAAUCUAUGACCUACACCAUCCUUUCUAAACUAGUCAAACAAAAACAGUCAAUUCACUGUCCAAUGAAUAGCUGUGUGGCUAUGUGUCUGAUGCAUUGGCUUUAUAAUAUUCAAUCUUAAUUUCUACAAAUCCCAGAAAUUAGUGUGAAUUCAGUGAAUUCUGUUCAAUGAAAUUAAGGUAUGUUUAUAUAUUUAAAACAAAAUUUUAAAUUAUGUUACUGUAUGAUGCAGUAGUUAAGGCUCUAGGCUAGAAACCAGAAGACUACAAGCUCUAGUCCUGCCAUAGGCAAAAAGCCACCUGGGUGACUUUAGGCCAGUCAUUCUCUCUCUCUCAGUCAUGGAACACAGGCAAUGGCAGACCACUUUUGAAAUCUUAUCAAGAAAACUGAAAGAACUUGUUCAAGCAGUCACCAGGAGUCAGCACUCAUUGAAAGAAACAACAAAAGGAUUUAUAGUUUAUUUGGAUUAACAAAAUUUGCUAGAAGGCCUGUUAUAUUCAAUAUUUGUGUGCCAGCAACUGGUCUGCACAAACAAGCGAAGCCCAUCCAUGGGAUGCAGGCAGCACAUAAAACGAUGCACUCUCCGGUCUGUGGAAAAACCUUUCUCCAUGGAACCAGUCCCUGGUGCCCAAAAGGUUGGGGACCUCUGCCCUAAAAGAUGAAGUAUGGAAUUCUCUAACAAUUUCCAAAAUUUUGCUAAGAAAAUUGCAAAGGCUUGUUCAGCCAGUUAUCAGGAGUCAACACCAACUCAAAUAUAUAUGAAAUAAUCUUCCAAGUAGCAGUGUUAAAGAUCAUCUUAUAUUCUAUGAAUAAAUCAAAACUAUCCCUUUAUUUGACUGAAACAUUAAACACAUCUAAAAGUAUGUCAUUAUCUUAUCAGUAGCAUUAGUUUAAGAUAUUUUGUAUUUAAAGCAAGUAAUAAGAUAGUUUCAUUAUAUGAAAUAGAAAGGGAUGUUAAACGGCCAACCACUGAGAUUGUGUGGAGUCUUUGGUGCUUUCUUAGUAUCAUCAGUAUUAGUGAGAAUGAGACUUUUCUCAAUACAAGUGAAGGGCAUGUUAAAACUUCCAGAAGAACUUUCACUUUUUUGUUGAAGGGCACUCUGGCAGAAAAGAAAUAGUAGGAAGCAAAUUUUAUUUUGAACUCUAGAUUGAUAAUUGAUUUAAAAUCCAUCCUACAUCACUAUCAACCUGCAGUUAAUGUGUUCAAUAUAUUUUUAUACAUCCGGAUAUUUAUUAAAUUUAACACAGCAGGUAAUAUAUAACAAUUAUUUGAUCACAUACUUUAAAAAAUUGAGUCCUACAUCGGAUGGCCAUUUCUAGCCAAAGGAUAUGAAAGUGGUUCAAAACUCAGGAAGCGAGAAACAGGUUGGUAUUUUUUUAUGUAUUAAUAUGUUUUAAAUCAAAGUCGCCACGAAGAUGAUCUUCUGAAAGUCCUACACAUAUUCAACAGGAAAAGUCCCAUUUGAACAAGCAAAUAUUGUACGCCUUUUAAGGAAAUAAGUAGGAUGCAACACAGUCCCGACAACCAGAUAUCCUGCUAUGUAUUGUAUCAACCACUGCCCCGACCUAUUCGGACCCCGCCCAGUCGCCGGCUAGAAAUUCCGGGUCCGAAAAGUUCGCAGCCUAUCAGAUAGAGCCACACCAGCAUGGCACAAACCCGCCCUGCUGGGUUCCCGCGGUACCGGUUUCUCUCCUGGGGAGAAAUUUAUGGGAACAAGGAGCAAAUAUGCCUAUGUACUCUCUUUCGCCCACCACGCAAAUAUCAGUUAUUCAUUUUUCUAUGGGCCCCCACGAUUGAAACAGGCAACCAGAUAAUCAAUCUUAGCUACUCUUCCCCCUUAGCUCACCAGAAAAACAAGAAGGCAACAGUCCGGCUCGGGAAAGAUGGCGGCGAUUCUCAUGGUCGAGGAUGGCUACGCUUCGAGACAGGGAGAGAAACAGAGAAACUAUGAAAUCUCUUCCGACGGGCUCCGAAAAAAUUCGCACAGCAGCAAGUCCUACCAACAGACGAAGGCGAAAACAGACCUCACUUGCACUUCCACCAAGUAGAACCAUAUAUAACUUCCGAGUUUGAAGUGCAGCCGUGAGGGACGCUGGGUAAUGUAGUUUUGUAGUUUUCUUCUGAAGCGAUUGGUUUAUAUUCGGAGAAGUACCCUCUGUGGCCACCGACGGAAGUAAUUUUGCGGGAGGAAGUUUACAAUUUUAACUCGUGAAAACAUUGCUAGAAGUAUGAAUGUUUCUGAAACAUGGCUAUUCAGUGGUUCCUCAUUAGCAUCACAUGUUCAUGCUGCUGCUGUUAAUGGACAUAAAAGAGCUCUCCUAAAACAAAUAUCAGGCAAUCCUGAUCUGAAAGAUAAAGAGGACCAGUUUGGAAGAACUCCUCUCAUGUAUUGCAUCUUGGCUGAUAGGCUAGAUUGUGCUGAGGCUUUAUUGAAGACAGGAACAGAUGUUGAUAAAGCCGACCAUAGUCAGAGGACAGCUCUCCAUCUUGCUGCACAAAAGGGCAAUUAUCGCUUUAUGAAACUUUUACUUGCUCAUAGAGCAAACUGGAUGAAGAAGGAUUUGGAAGAAAUCAUUCCUUUACACCUAACUACUCAACAUAAGAGUCCAAAGUGCUUAGCUUUGUUGCUAAAGUAUAUGGCACCAGGAGAAGUAGAUACACAGGACAAGAACAAGCAAACUGCUCUUCACUGGAGUGCCUAUUACAAUAAUCCAGAGCACGUGAAAAUUCUUAUCAAACAUGAUUCUAACAUUGGAAUCCCAGACAUUGAAGGCAGAAUUCCACUUCAUUGGGCAGCUAAUCAUAAGGAUCCCAGUGCAGUUUAUACUGUCAAAUGCAUUUUGGAUGCUGCGCCAACUGAAUCUCUGCUAAACUGGCAAGAUUAUGAAGGACGAACUCCCCUCCAUUUUGCAGUUGCCGAUGGGAAUAUAGCUGUGGUUGAUCUGCUGACUUCCUAUGAAAGUUGCAACGUGUCUUCUUAUGAUAAUUUAUUUCGAACUCCGCUUCACUGGGCAGCUUUAUUGGGUCAUGCACAGAUUGUCCAUGUUCUUUUAGAAAGAAACAAAGUUGGAACAAUCCUUUCUGAUAGUCAAGGGGCAACACCUUUACAUUAUGCAGCACAAAGCAACUUUUCUGAAACUGUGGAAGCAUUUUUAAAACAUCCUUCUGUGAGAGAUGACUCAGAUCUUGAGGGAAGAACUUCUUUUAUGUGGGCAGCUGGUAAAGGUAGUAAUGAUGUCAUCCAGAUAAUGUUAAAACUAAAACUGGUCACCGAUAUCAAUGUGGCAGAUAAAUAUGGUGGCACAGCAUUACAUGCUGCUGCCCUUUCUGGCCAUGUCAGCACUGUGCAAUUGCUUCUAAAACAUUAUGCCCAGGUAGAUUCUGCUGAUGUAAUGAAACACACUCCUCUUUUCCGGGCUUGUGAAAUGGGACAUAAGGAGGUAAUACAGACACUCAUUAAAGGAGGAGCAAGAGUUGAUUUAGUUGAUCAAGAUGGCCACUCUCCCUUACACUGGGCAGCUCUAGGAGGAAACCCUGAUGUUUGCCAAAUAUUGAUAGAAAAUAAAAUCAAUCCUAAUGUACAGGAUUAUGCAGGAAGAACUCCACUGCAGUGUGCUGCUUAUGGAGGCUAUAUUAAUUGUAUGGUGCUAUUAUUGGAAAAUAAUGCAGAUCCAAAUAUCCAAGACAAAGAGGGAAGGACAGCAUUGCACUGGUUGUGUAACAAUGGCUACCUUGAUGCUAUAAAGCUGUUGUUAGGAUUCGGUGCCUUUCCCAAUCACAUGGAAAAUAAUGAAGAAAGAUAUACACCACUUGAUUUUGCCCUGCUGGGAGGUCAUCAUGAAGUAAUUCAGUUCAUGUUGGAACACGGUGCAUUAUCUAUAGCUGCCAUUCAAGAUAUUGCAGCUGUCAAAAUUCAGGCAGUCUACAAAGGAUACAGAGUUAGAAAAGCUUUUCAAGAUAGGAAAAACCUUCUAAUGAAGCAUGAUCAGUUGAGGAAAGAUGCUGCUGCCAAGAAACGAGAAGAAGAAAAUAAAAGAAAAGCCUCAGAACAGCAGAAAGAAAUGCAGAAUUGCAAAGCUACUAAGAUCCAUAUGCAGCAACAGAAUUUUCCAGAGACGGAAAGAAAUCUUUUGGGAGUUCACACUCCACAGUGCUCUGUUCCACCUGUUAAAAGGCAUCCAUCUGGCAACAUAUCACAAAAUCAACUAGGAAAAAGCAAGGGAAGCACUGUAUUAUCAAGCAAAGUGACUAUCAAGAACAAAACUCAUUCAGUAGAGCUACUUGGUGAAGAUCACAAAAGAAAAAUGGAUGUAUGUGAGGAAAACAAUAAUAGCAAGCCUGCCUAUAUCCUUUCAUAUUCUUGUAAGAAUAAUGACCAAUGUAGGCAUCAAGCUGAAAGAAAGCAUCAAACGGUAUCUUCUACUUUAGGCAGGGAUAGCAAGCCUCCUACAACAACAGCUGGUAUGUUUGUGCACAUCAGCAAUAAAAGACAUAAUUCAAACACUAAAUCUCCCAACUCUGGGGAAAAAUCAGAUCAUCCAAACUGGUCUGUAAGGAAUAAUAUAAACCAUUCUGAAAAAAUAACAGUUUCUAUUCAGGAUGAUAGAAGUAAUAGAAGUAUCAGAAACUUGGGUCAAUGUAAUAUAGCAUUUAAAAAUAACCCACAUCAAUUAAAAACAAAAAGUAAAGAAUUAAACAAUAAAAAAUGGUCCUGGGCUAACUUGAGCAGGCCUGGCAAAGCCUCAGUAAGAACAAUGAAAGUUGAAAAGGCUAUUUCAAAUACUACAGUUACACAGAUCAACAAAAUGAAAAAUAGUGACAUCUGUUUGAUGGACAAGAAUGCAAGUAUUACAACAAUUGCACUCAACAAGAUGGCUAGAGGUGAUGCAAACCUGAACAGAGAAACUCUAUUAACGUUCAGGAAUUCAGAAGAUCAGCCUGGUUUUGUUCAGAUGCAAGUAAUAGAAAAAGAAAGAGUAAGAAAAGAGCUCUUUCAGAGGAAGUAUAAUGCAGCAAAUGUUAUUCAAAAGGCUUGGAGAAGCUAUCAACUAAGAGAACAAUUCCAGCAGCAUUUUAGCAUGAAGCAGCAAUGCAAAGAUGAAUGGCAACAAAAAACAGCUGUCUUGUGCAUUAAGGCCAUUUGGAACAAAAAGUUAAACUUUACUGCAUUAAAAAUACUUACUUCAGGCAAAAUCCCAAAGGCCAUGAAAAAAAACAGCCCAGGAAACAACUUGGUACAGAAGUCAACCACUCUGAAGCAGAUAUAUGGGCACUCACAAGAAGGAAAGGUGAAUCACCCAAUGAGAUUGCCUUCUUCAAAACAGCAAUUUUGUGAACUUCAGUUAAUAUCAGCAGGCGGAUUGCAAGAUAUUUGCUUAUCGGAAAAUUCAGGGAAAUAUAAACAUUUUUCGUACAAUAUGAAACCUGCCACAAUAAUGAAAGCAAAACACACCAGAUUCAGCCAUGAAAAUGAGACUGCACUAUAGCAUAAGAGAGCCUAUUGAUUAUUUGUGG